GUUUCCUUUCUGAUUAUCAUCCUCGAGUCAAACACACACUUCACAUUCGGAAAUACUCUCAUCCACCAUCGAUCAUGUCGGGUUUCAUCCACAAAGCCGAAGACGCUCUCCAUCUUCACCACCACAAGGACAAGACCGAGCACAAGCACGAAGAUGCACAUGAGCAUCCUCCUACCAUCGGUCAUGAAGGCCACGAACACACCCACCGCUCUCACCCCCCUCAGAACAAGCAUACGCACCCCCACCCCAACGAGGAGCAGGUCGCCCGGGACGAUUUCCGCGCUGACAGAGAAUAUGACCGUGCGUUGAGGUCUCCGCACCAUGGGCCGGGAAUUGGGUUUGAGGCGUAGGAAGUGGAAUUAUCAAUAUAUUCAAGUUAACUUUCAAAUAUCUCAUGACCAUAAUGUCAAC